GCAGCCAGGGCUCGAAUGGACAGCCUCCAGGACGCAGUGCGCCCGGAGCGCGGGGGCUGCGGCCCUGCCCUCGGCAAGCUGGUCCCCGUGGGCUUUCGGGCUGAGGCGUGGAGGCUCUUCGUCCUGUCUGGACCCCUGUUCCUGUUCCAGGUGCUGUCCUUCAUGAUCUAUGUCGUGAGCUCGGUGUUCUGUGGGCAUCUGGGCAGAGUGGAGCUGGCCUCGGUGACCCUCUCCGUGGCCUUCAUCAAUGUCUGCGGAGUCUCCGUGGGCCUGGGUUUUUCCUCGGCGUGCGACACCUUGAUGUCCCAGAGCUUCGGCAGCCCCAACAAGAAGCACGUGGGGGUCAUCCUGCAGCGGGGCGCGCUCAUCCUGCUGCUCUGCUGCUUCCCCUGCUGGGCGCUCUUCCUCAACACCCAGCACCUGCUGCUGCUGCUCCGGCAGGACCCGGCCGUGUCCAGGCUCACCCAUGAAUACGUGCUGAUUUUCAUGCCCGCACUUCCGCCUGCUGGCAAAAUACCUGCAAAACCAGGGGAUCGUCUGGCCCCAAGUCCUCAGCGGCCUCGUGGGCAACCUCAUCAACGCCUUGGCCAACUACGUCCUGGUUUUGGUGCUGAGCCUGGGGGUCAGGUGAGGCCGCUGGGCUUCGGGGGCCUGUCGGAGACAUGCGCACCCAGUGCCCACCCUCCCUGGGGCAGGGGCUCUGCCUACGCCAACACCCUCUCCCAGUUCGUGCAGACGGUAUUCCUGCUGCUCUACAUCGUGCUGAGGAAGCUGCAUCGGGAGACGUGGGCAGGCUGGUCCGUGCAGUGCCUGCAGGACUGGGGCCCCUUCUUCUCCCUGGCCCUCCCCAGCAUGCUCAUGAUAUGCAUCGAGUGGUGGGCCUACGAGAUCGGCAGCUUCCUCAUGGGCCUGCUGAGCAUGGUGGAUCUCUCUGCCCAGGCCGUCAUCUACGAGGUGGCUACCGUCACCUACAUGAUUCCCAUGGGGCUCAGCAUCUCUGUCUGCGUCCGAGUAGGGACGUCCCUGGGAGCUGCAGACACCGUGCAAGCCCAGCGAUCCGCCGUCUCAGGCGUGCUCUGCACAGUUGGCACCUCGCUGGUUAUCGGCGCCCUGCUGAGCCUCCUGAAAAACAACCUGGGUUAUAUCUUCACCAAUGAUGAGGAGGUCAUCGCCCUGGUGAACAAGGUCAUGCCCAUUUACAUCGUCUUCCAGCUGUUUGAGGCCAUCUGUUGUGUCUACGGUGGAGUCCUGAGAGGAACCGGCCGGCAGGCCUUCGGAGCCUUGGUGAAUGCCAUCGCCUACUACGCCAUCGGCCUCCCACUGGGCAUCGUUCUGGCCUUUGUGGUCAGAAUGAGAACCAUGGGCCUCUGGCUGGGCAUGCUGGUCUGCGGUGUGCUGGCCGCGGCUGCCUUAGCCGCCUACACUGCGCGGAUGGACUGGGCGCUGGCUGCGGAGGAGGCUGAGAAGUACGCAGGGCUACGGCAGCAGGGCACCGAGUACCCUGAGAGUGGGGCCCCCAGAGCCGGGCCCGAGGAAGGGGCCGGGUCUGCAGUGGCCACAGGCACCUGCCCUGGCGUCUCCCUGACGAUGUUCUCGAGCCCCGGGUGCCACGCAGACCACUUCAGGACUCCAGACGCAGCCCUGGCGCUCCCGGCUCCUCCCAGCGGGCUGUCGGGGAGGCAGCUGGCCCUCCGCCGCGGGGCUGCUCUGGGGGCCGCGUCGGCCACUCUGACCGCUGGGCUCGUGGUCAGCCUCCUGGCCUCCAGGCACUAGCCGAGCGGCGCGCUGAGGACGGACGCUGAGAGGCUGCCCCACGGCACAGCCAAGCUCCACGGAGGCAGUGCGAGACCACACCGCCCCUCCCCCAGAGGGCCCAGCGCGGGCGACAGGUCUGACUUGCGCAGAUUGUGUUGUGGUAAAUGGCUCUCUCUCUCUACCCGCAACUGGAAGGCGAGGCUCCUGGGAUCGCCACUUACUCAAUAAUGCAAACGGCUUCCAAUUGGACAUUUCAAAGCAAAACAAACACCAUCACAUUAAAAAGUAUGCAUUUCCUA